CUUCCACUAAAGCGUUUGCGGAGACUUCAAGGUAUAAUCUAUCCCAGAUCCUUUCCCAGAGAGAAACUUGGCGAUCACGUUUUCACAUGAUGCUCACGCUCAGGGCGCUUCAAUUAUCCCUCCCCACAAAGAUAGGUGGCGCGUGUUUCAGGGUCUCUCCUCUCUCUCCUACAGAAAAGAAAAAGAAAAAAAUGUCAUUAGAAGAGGCGUAACACGUCAGUCCGUCCCCAGGUUUGUGUUUCCUGGAGUGGCCGAAAGAGAUCAGUUCUAACCUGCUCCGCAGGAAUAACGGUCCUGCCUCCCGACACUCUUGGCGAGGUUUUGUACAGUUUGCUCCGGGAGCUGUUUCUUCGCUUCCACCUUUUUCUCCCCCACACUUCGCGGCUUCUUCAUGCUUUUUCUUCUCACCAUUUCUGGCCAAAACUACAAACAAGACUUCGCAGCCCCUGUUUAAACUAAUCCUCGAGGCACAGCAUCUUCCCAACCUCCACCGAGUUUUCGGGAUUCUCCUCCUCUCCUGCCUGCCUCCGAGGUUCCCCUUCUCCAAGUUUUGACAGUUUCAGCUGAAAAAAUGCAGCGCCUCUCUCGAUUUUUAGAUCGAGCCUGCGUGCUGCCGAAGCAGGGCGCCGAGUCCAUGCGAACUGCCAUCUGAUCCGCUCUUAUCAAUGAAGCAGCCGAUCAUGGCGGAUGGCCCCCGGUGCAAGAGGCGCAAACAAGCCAAUCCCAGGAGGAAAAAACGUGGUGAACUAUGACAAUGUAGUGGACACAGGUUCGGAGACAGAUGAGGAGGACAAGCUUCAGAUUGCUGAGGAGGACGGGAUUGCUAACCCUCUGGACCAGGAGAGGAGUCCAGCUAGCGUGCCCAACCAUGAGUCCUCCCCACACGUGAGCCAAGCUCUGCUGCCGAGAGAAGAAGAGGAAGAUGACAUAAGGGAGGGUGGAGUGGAACAUACCUGGCACGGCGCCGACAUUCUGCAAGCCUCUGUGGAUGGUCCAGAAGAAAUGAAGGAAGACUAUGACACUAUGGGGCCGGAAGCCACGAUCCAGACCGCAGUUAACAAUGGUACAGUCAAGAAUGCAAAUUGCACAUCAGACUUUGAGGAAUACUUUGCCAAAAGAAAACUGGAGGAACGCGACGGCCACGCAGUCAGCAUCGAGGAGUACCUUCAGCGCAGUGACACGGCCAUUAUUUACCCAGAAGCCCCGGAGGAGCUGUCUCGCCUCGGCACGCCAGAGGCCAAUGGGCAGGAAGAAAAUGACCUGCCACCUGGAACUCCAGAUGCUUUUGCCCAACUGCUGACCUGCCCCUACUGCGACCGGGGCUACAAGCGCUUGACGUCACUGAAGGAGCACAUCAAGUACCGCCACGAGAAGAAUGAAGAGAACUUUUCCUGCCCUCUCUGCAGCUACACGUUUGCCUACCGCACCCAGCUCGAGCGGCAUAUGGUGACGCACAAGCCAGGGACAGAUCAGCACCAAAUGCUGACCCAAGGAGCAGGUAAUCGCAAGUUCAAAUGCACAGAGUGCGGCAAGGCUUUCAAAUAUAAACACCAUCUGAAAGAACACCUGCGAAUUCACAGUGGUGAAAAACCGUACGAGUGCCCAAACUGCAAGAAACGUUUCUCCCAUUCUGGUUCCUACAGUUCACACAUCAGCAGCAAGAAAUGUAUUGGUUUAAUCUCUGUAAAUGGCCGAAUGAGAAACAAUAUCAAGACGGGUUCUUCCCCUAAUUCUGUUUCUUCUUCUCCUACUAAUUCAGCUAUUACCCAGUUACGAAACAAAUUGGAGAAUGGAAAACCACUUAGUAUGUCUGAACAGACAGGCUUACUUAAAAUUAAAACAGAACCACUAGACUUCAAUGACUAUAAAGUUCUCAUGGCCACACACGGGUUUAGUGGCACUAGUCCCUUUAUGAAUGGUGCACUUGGAGCCACCAGCCCUUUGGGAGUCCAUCCGUCCGCCCAGAGUCCAAUGCAGCACUUAGGUGUAGGGAUGGAAACCCCUUUACUCGGAUUCCCCGCAAUGAAUAGUAACUUAAGCGAGGUUCAAAAGGUUCUACAGAUUGUGGACAAUACGGUUUCCAGGCAAAAAAUGGACUGCAAGGCUGAAGAAAUUUCGAAGUUGAAAGGUUAUCACAUGAAGGAUCCAUGCUCUCAACCUGAGGAACAAGGAGUCACUUCUCCUAAUAUUCCACCCGUAGGUCUUCCAGUAGUGAGUCAUAAUGGUGCCACUAAAAGUAUUAUUGACUAUACAUUAGAAAAAGUCAAUGAAGCCAAAGCUUGCCUCCAGAGCUUGACUACUGACUCAAGGAGACAGAUCAGUAAUAUAAAGAAAGAGAAGCUACGUACUUUAAUAGAUUUGGUCACUGAUGAUAAAAUGAUUGAGAACCACAACAUAUCCACUCCAUUUUCAUGCCAGUUCUGUAAAGAAAGUUUUCCCGGCCCCAUUCCCUUGCAUCAGCAUGAACGUUACCUUUGUAAGAUGAAUGAAGAGAUCAAGG